CCUCUGGCGAGCUUACUUACAACUUUCAUGGACGAGUUUAAUAAAAUUCUUGUAUUAAAUGACAACGAGUGUCAGAUCUUUUUUAUCACAUGCUUAAAACGGUGUUUUUAUUACCAAUUUAGUUCCACUUUCUGAACCGAUUGUUUGACAGCCAAAGUACUCAGAGUAGAAUGUCAACGAUGCGCCAUAUAAAUAGUUCCAAAAAAGUGUUUAUCUGCUGGAUUUCAGAGCGCACAUUAUAUGCAUUGCAGUUUUACAUCAAUUCAGUUUUCAAAGGCCGUUGUACAGGGAUCUCAAAAAGCUUCCAAGACCAGAAGACAAUGUAUUUUCGCCUGGCGGCGUUUCUGCUCUUCGCAGCUACACUGGAUGCAGUAAAAUGUCAAAUCGUGCCUAAAGUGGAAACCCAGCCCGCCGCAACCCCGGCCGAUUGUAUCUGCAAGAUAACAGACAAGAUUUGCCAAUGUACGCUGGUCAUCGAACACAAACUGACCAUGAUUUUGGACAUGGACAAGGAAAAAGAACUUAUCUAUCCCUCUAAUGGGUCUUUGUACAUGGCUGGUAGGCAAAAUAGUGGCAAACCUCCGCUGAACGCAGAGCAACAAAGUCGUGUUAUAACUGCUGAUGGGCAAACGUCGAAACUAGUAAUUGCUAUAAACGGCCAAUUCCCUGGGCCAAGGAUUGAGGCUUUCGUAAAUCAAACGGUGAUCGUUACUUUAAUCAACAUGUUCCACACAGACAGUAUAUCCGUUCACUUCCAUGGUCUUCACCAGAAAGGUACACCUUGGAUGGACGGGGUCGCCUUCAUCACCCAGUGUCCUAUAUUGCCAGGCCAAACGUUUGUACACCGCUUCAAGGCAUAUCCCCCGGGGACCGCAAUGUACCACGCCCACAUUGGUGACCAGAGAAGUGACGGUCUUUACGGAGCUGUUGUGGUCAAACCGCUGUCUGAUCCCGAGGUUAGAGGUUAUAACGAAAUUAUCAUAAAUCUGCAAGACUGGAACCAUUUAAUGGAUCCGGAGACUGCCUACCAUCGAAUGAUAACACAGCAGUUUGAUUUGCAAACGGGAGAUGUUAUCAAUACGACGUAUUCCGUAGAUCGUGCACAAUUUAGUCGAUUUGAGUUUCAUUCGGGACUUGUUAACGGUAAAGCAAGGUAUUGGUUCAACUCUACUGUAAAUAACGGAAGCCCUCUUGAACGGUUUAAAAUAAAGGCUGGAGCGUUUUACAGAUUUCGAAUUGUAGGAGCAAUGACGCUUUAUCCGAUGAGAGUCUAUCUAGAAGGACAAAGAAUUACCGUUCGUGGUUCGGAUGGGUUUGACAUUGAACGUAUACCCGUGCAGUCUGUUAUUGUUCAUCCGGGGGAGCGAUAUGAUAUAGUCUGGCAAGGGCCUUCUGAUCCAGGAAAGAAACAAAUCAUGUUUGUCGCUGAAACUCUAGAAACAUCUGAAAGCUUGAACUUUGCAAAAUACCAUGCAGCGGAGGCAAUACUAGAAAUGGUGGAUGUACCAGGUGAAGUACUUUUAAACCCACCAAAGGCGCAGGAAGAAGACUGUUCAAGGUUGGGAUGCCUGGUAUUCAACUGUCCUUAUCAAUUCUAUCCAGCCAGAACCAAUACUACAUGUGCGAAUUACAAUGACAUAAAGAAUGACGAUCCAAUCAGGGAGCCUAACAAGAUUCUCGGAGACACCGUUGAUGAGGAAUAUUUCUUUAAUUUCGCGUUUCCGGGCCCACCCAGAAACACCCCCGGGUCGGUGAAUGGGCGGGAGUUUGUAUUUCCUACGGUUAACCUUCUCACCCAGCCUACAGAACUGACGACCUCUUGCAAUGACGAAGAAUGCAACAGAGAAGGCAUCUGUGCUUGCACUUACAUGCACAAAAUUCCCCCAAAUAAGCUAAUUCAGAUGGUGUUAAUGAACCUGGGAACCGGGGCGGGCUGGUCCCAUCCUAUCCAUCUACACGGACAUUCCUUCUAUGUGAUGAAAAUGGGCCUUGGUACGUACGACAGUACAACAGCCGUCCUGCAGUACAACAACACUGACAUCCUGUGUAACGAUCCAUUUGGCUACUGCAGCCAGGCUGUUUGGGCAAACACCAGCUGGGCAAUGGGAAGAACCCCGGGAUUGAGCGACGAUCCGCCAGAAAAAGAUACCAUCGUCGUUCCUACAGGCGGAUACGUGGUUAUACGGUUUAUCUCGGACAACCCGGGCUUGUGGUUCUUCCAUUGCCAUAUCGACCUACACAACACAAACGGCAUGGGGCUGGUGAUUGAUGAGGGUGAGGUCAAACCGCCCCCACCUCCUGGCUUCCCGAUCUGUAGGAGUUUUUUGUACAACGAAGAAGAUUCGCCGGCUUCCCCGUCGGCCCCGUCGGCUUCCCCGUCGGCUUCCCAGUCGGCCCCGUCGGCUUCCCCGUCGACUCCCACGUCGAAAGCAGCAUCAGUGUUACCCUCCGUUGUUUGGAGCCUUAUCCCAAUUGUCACAGCCAUCUCCAAAUGGGUCACUGUGUGUUAAGUGCUUGGAUGACAAGCUGGAGUGAAGACACCAAUAAGCUACUGAAGCUAUGACAAUGUUUGCUUGGCAGCUUAUGUAUUCAUAUUGAUUGAACCCUUUAACUGUGUGAUAUAUUCCAUCACGUUGUUUUCUCACAAUUUACUUUUACUAAUUUCUACUAUGAAAAAAUGCAUUACUUGAUCAGUUUUCUAAAAAAAACUAUGUAUUCUAUUCAUUACCAUGGUUAUAGUGGUAUAUCUGUUCAUGCUUCUAUACUUAGUUUUAGUAAAAUAUAAUCCCAAUGAAUAAAUGUUAUAAUAACAAAA